UGUCCCUAAAGAUGGCUUGCUCUAAGGAGAAAGAGAGCCAGAUCCUAGAAGACAUGAAGGAAUACUACGGCAAGACAAUCCAGAGCAAAGAUGAGUUGAUCAUCAAUGACCCGGGGAGUGGCUGCAAUGCGCCUCGCUGUAAGCUGCCUGCUCACAUCGCUGAUGCCCUGGCGCUGGUGCAUCCUGACGUGAAGGCCAAGAGCUAUGGUUGUGGUUUGACUGUUCCGGAGCUGUUGGAAGGGACCCAUGUGUUAGACCUGGGCAGUGGUGCGGGGCAUGACUGCUUCGCCUUGGCCAAACUGGUGGGGGAGAAAGGCCAUGUCACUGGGGUGGACAUGACAGAGGAACAGCUGGAAUUUGCCAGGAGCUACAUCGACUACCACCGGGAGACAUUCGGCUACUCCGAACCCAACACGGAUUUUGUGAUGGCCUACAUCGAAAAGCUAGGCGAGGCCGGGCUGAAAGACGACACCUUCGACGUCAUCAUUUCCAACUGUGUGGUGAACCUGUCUCCAGACAAAAGGGCUGUGCUGAAGGAGGCAUACAGGGUGCUUAAACCUGGAGGAGAGAUGUACUUCAGCGACAUGUACGCUGAUCAGGUCGUGCCGGAACACAUCAAGCAGCACAAGGUCAUGUGGGGUGAAGGCUUUGCAGGUGCCCUGUGGUGGGAGGACCUGGUUAGGAUUGCCCGAGAGGUCGGCUUCUCCACACCCAGGCUGGUCAAGUCAAGCCCCAUCAACGUCAAGGAAUCCAUCCAGGAACUGACAGGUGAUAUUAAGUAUGUUGCGGCGACCUACCGCCUGUUUAAGGUUCCCCAGAAUGGCAACAGUGGUCCCGCUGACGUCACCUACAAUGGCUCUGUCACAGGACAUGACAAAAUCAUCGCUCUGGACAAAAACAACACCUUUAAGGUUGACUGUGUGCUGGAGGCUGAUCCGGAACUAUCGGUCAUCAUCCAGCAGUCCAGGUUUGUCUCUGCCUUCACUGUUGUGCCGCGCAACAGCCAAAAUGGUCCAGCAAAGUAUUGCUUCUUCAUGCUGUGUUUCCUGUGA